AUGAAGCUGCUGCCAAUAUUAUUGGAGCCAGCAGUGAACUGCGAGUCACUGCUCGGUGUCGACCUCUCACACAUCGCGGAGGAUGGCAGCGUCACCAUCACAUCCGCGGCUGAGACGACCCACGAGGGUAUUUUGUACUGCUUAGUGGAAGGUGCGCUGCCGUCGUCGACAAACUGGCAGGUCAUGCUGCCCGUUCGCACGUGGACGCAACGCUACAUGCAAAUCGGGUGUGGAGGGCUCUGCGCGAUGAUCCGGAUGCAAGUGAACGCGGCCUCUGGUUCGCAGCAGGUGAAAGGGGGCGAGUUUGUGCUGGCUGCGACCGACAUGAGCGGCUCCAUGGAUGGCAAGGCGUUCGCGAACAACCCGGGGCGCCGGAAAUCGUUCGCGCACAGUGCUCAGCAUCUGACGGCACUAGUGAGCAAGACGUUGAUCCAAGCGUACUACGCGCAGAAGGCGAGAUACUCCUACUUCAACGGAUGCUCCGAUGGCGGGCAUGAGGGGGUUAUGGAGGCGAUACGCUACCCGGAUGACUUUGACGGUAUCCUGGCGGGAGCGCCUGCCAUGCUGUUCCAGUUCCAGAACAGUCUCCACCACGGCUGGCUGGCUAUGAGCAAUAUCGACGGGCCGAUGCCUGAGCUGCUGCCGAUGAUGCGGGGCCCGCCACCAGGCCCUGAAGGCCGCGGCCCUCCCGGCCGUGCCAUUGUGACAGCCUCCAAGUUGCCGCUGCUGCACGCUGCAGUCCUUCGAGCCUGCGAUGCGCAGGACGGCCUUGUCGACGGUCUGCUCUCGGAGCCUAGACUCUGCCAUUUCGACCCCCAUGAGCUUUUGUGUCCUGCAGAAAUCGCUGCGAGUGAUGAAGAUCGACAGUGCUUGACAGAAGCAGAAGUGAACACUAUCCUCAAGUUUUACCAUGGACCGAUCGACCCAGUUACCGGACGACAUCUGACCGUCGGACAGUCUCAGUAUGGCUCUGAGCUGGCGUGGGCAGGCGUGUUCGUGCCUCGAGGACAGAAUGAACCGGUCAUGAGCGCCCACAUCGCCCUUGCUGCACUGCGGUAUCUGAUCUUUGAGCCCAAUCCGCCGGAGACAUACUCGCUCAACGACCUUCAAUUCACCGAAGCAACUGUGGAGAAACUACGCCCCCGUCACCCACUGCUGGAUGCUACGAACCCGGAUUUGGCUGCAUUUAAGUCUGCAGGGGGCAAGUUGAUCCUGUGGCAUGGGUGGUCUGACGAGCACAUUUCGCCCCGCACUACCAUCGCAUACCACGAAGCUCUCGAGAAGCAAAUGGGCGGCGCAGAAAAUGUGGCAGAAUUCGAGCGACUCUAUCUGUUCCCGGGCGUGCAGCAUUGCGGUCGUGGCGAGGGCAUGGCUGCGUUCGAUCUGGUGACCCCGUUGCUGGAGUGGGUCGAGCGAGGAAGUGCACCCCACGCCAUUCUCACGAGCACGGAGCGAGACCUGCCGCCUUGGAUGCCAGCGGCAUUGGUGGUUACGCGCAGUCGCCCCGUAUUUCCGUACCCUUCGUUGGCCAAGUACACAGGCCGGGGAGACGCAAACGACGCCGCAAACUUCGUCGAGGGAGCUCCACUUUUCACGGACAAGACGGCUGAGUGGGCCGGACAGAGUUUUUUCGAGCCGUAUGCGCCCCGGACUGAGUAA